GCUUUGAUGCUGACAAGGACAUUGUUUCUUUCACAGUGAAAUCUGACAACAAGGACAAGCAGGAGAAGAAAGACAUCAUGUCCAGCAAGACAGACAAGAUCGACACCUUUGACAAAAAAGAGAAAGAAGAGCAGCAGAAGAAGGACAACGGCCCAGACAAGAACCAGAAGUCUGAGAAGAUUGUCAAAGAUGAGGAAAAGAUAGAGAAGAUGAAUGUGGAGAAAACAACAAGGCCAUGGAGAAGGCAGAGAAGGUAGACAAGCCGGAGAAGACCAACAAGGAUGAAAAGAAAGAAGAGGAGAAGAAACCGGCUGAGAAGAAGGAAGAGAGCGGGAAGGGAGUGAAAGGAACUGCCAAGUCCCCAACAGGCAACAGCAGCAAGACUCUGCCAAGCCCUGACAGCAAGAGCAAGCCUGACGUGGCUUCAGCUAAACCAAACUCAGCCAAAUCUCGCCCAUCCACCCUCUCCACCAAUGGCGAGGCCAACUCGGCCAAACGCCCCAUCCCCACCACAGCCUCAACCAAUAAAAAAAGCCCUGUACCCAAGGCGACCACACCCACCGCCGUCAAGCAGUCACCAAUGGCAGUUGGUUUCGCCAAGGCUGCCAAGACUCCAGAAAAUGGAACAGCUGAGAAACGCCCACCUGUGCCAAAGGCCACAGCCACACCCCGUGCUACUGCCAAUAAGAACAGCUCCUCUGCGACUGCUGCAAGUAAAACCGCUGCGAACAAGAAUGACAAGACUGAGAACAAGACGGGAGAGGCCAAGAAACCCAAGAGUACAGCCCGUCCUCGCCCGGCCUCCACCACCACUCCUGCUACUCCGGCUGCCUCCACUAACGGUGAAAACACCUCCGCCCACCGCCGCCGGGUCAUCACCAAACCCCCUGUGCCCAAGCAAACGCCACUGGAGAAGAAGCCACCGGUGCCCCGUGCUCCUCGUACCCCCCGGCCCAUUAACGCUCCAACACCUGAUCUGAAGAACAUCCGGUCCAAGAUCGGAUCCAUUGACAACAUCAAGUACCAGCCUGGUGGAGGAAAGGUAGGACAAACCAAACAGUAGAAGAAAGGUCUAUAA